AUGUGGGAGUACGCGAAGAAGAAAGAGUUCAAGCUCAACCUCAGUGAGCUCAUAAAGUUUGGACGUGACGCGGAUAAGAACACGCUGCUCAUGUCGGCUGUCUUCUUGCAAAAGGAAUUGCCCAUACGGUUGGGGAAGAGAAUACAAGAGCUGCAAUCGCUGCCUGUGCCCAUGUACUCGACCAAGGCCGUCACCGAGCUUGCAAUGCUGUAUGAAGAGAGCUUCUUCCGGAUUCUGAAUCAUGAAGUACCUCGACACUCGAGGGCGGAGGAGAGCUUCAGCGCGAUGCUGAUCGAUAUCAAGGAGAAGCAUCGGAUGGUCCAGGCGAACAUCGCUGAUGGAUUCUUAGAGAUGAAUCGAGCCGGAGUUCCAAAAUGGGCAGUUGAAUCUGAUGAGAUCCAGCAGCUUCUGAACAGGUUCUACACCGGAAGGAUCGGUAUCCGCCUCCUCAUCGACCAGCACCUCUCUCUCCGCAUCGAUGCUCGCAAUCGCCCGAAGCGCUUUGUCGGGUGCGUGCAAACGGAGUGCAACAUCAAGGAGGUCAUCUUGGAUGCGGUUGCCGACGCUCGUUCAGCCUGCAGGAUGCACUUGAGGGACGCGCCCAACGUGUACGUGGAAGGCAUGACGGAGGUGACGGCGCCUUACAUUCCCGAGCAUCUCUACAUCAUGCUCUUCGAGAUCCUCAAGAACAGCAUGCGAGCAACUGUGGAACUUCAUGGGCGCUUGUCCAACUCUCACUCACCCAAGUACGGCGAUGAUUUGCCUCCCACCAAGAUUCUAAUCAGUGGAGGGCAAGACACGUACGUCAAGAUCACUGAUCGCGGUGGCGGCAUACCACCGCAGAGCUUGGAUCGUAUCUGGAACUUCUCAUUCUCAACGGCUCCUCAGGUUUGCAUGGGAAUGCUGGAGCUCUCCGGCUUCGGGCAUGGCCUUCCCCUGAGCAGGCUGUACGCGAGGUACUGGGGGGGCGACAUCACGUUGUUUAGCAUGGAGAACUUGGGGGUGGAUUGCUACGUCCGACUUGGUUCGCUCAGCAUGUUUCCUUGCGCACCAUCUGAUACAUGCUUUUUUUUUUGUUACAGGUGUGCCAGUGAACAGCCAGAACAAUAG